AUGUUCCGUCGAGUGUUCACCCUUUUGUUGGUCAGUGCGACGGUGACCUUGAGCAGGGCGCAAUUCCGGUGCCCGGAGGCGAAGGGCUUCUUCCCGGACCAGGAGCAAUGCGACUUGUAUUACGUCUGCCUGGACGGCAAAGCGGAGGAGAAGCUGUGCAAAGACGGCCUCGUCUUCAGGGAUGACAACCCCAAGAAGGAGCUAUGCGAUAUACCUGCUAACGUGCCUUGCGGCGAUAGGACUCUCCUUCAGGAGCCACAGUCCAGCAAGGGAUGUCCCCGCGCUAAUGGAUACUUCAAGCACGAGGACCCGACCGCGUGCGAUCGUUUCGUCAACUGCAUCGACGGCGUGGCCCAGACGUUGCCUUGUCCGCCCGGUCUGAUCUACGAGGACAAGAUGUCCAGCUGCGUGUGGCCGGCCGACGCCAGCAGGCUCUGCGAGCACGUGAAGAGAGACGUCCUCGACGACGGCUUCGUCUGCCCCGACGGUGACGUCCCCGGACCGCUCGGCAGGAUUCUGCCCCAUCCGACGUAUCCUCAUCCGGAGGACUGCGCGAAAUUCUACAUCUGCAAGAACGGCGUCGUGCCGCAGAAGGGACAGUGCGAGCCUGGCACUGUCUACAGCGAGGAGAGCUUCAGGUGCACCGAGCCGGAGAACGUGCCAGGAUGCGAGGACUAUUACAAGAACAAGAAUUAAAUAAAGACACGGUGCCAGUUACUCGGCGGUGCAUCUGUAACGCUUAAUACUGUUUUUUUUAUAUAUAUAUUUAGGAACAAUAAACACCCGUGAUACA